AUGGAUGAAUGUAACAGAGCACUCAAUAGUGAUCAGUGGCAUGGUGAUGCUAUUUACACACUCAAGUGCGAGAAAACAGCGACGAGAAAAUCAGAUAAGACGAAGGACUUGUGGGCUUCUGAAAAGUUUGAAAUUGAAAAUAAAACUUUUCUCACUGAGAAUAAAAUUAAAGCUAGUGGCACGGCGUACACACGAGCAUUGGAAGAACGAUAG